UAUAGUGAUCAGUGUUUAAUGUUUUUGUUUUGUUAUUUGUAAAUGUCAGUAAUUUCACUAUAAUUCACUAUUUUAAAGGGUGAAGUAGAAUUAAAAUGCGAACUUUCUUUAUCGCCUCUUAUGUUUUAAUAAAUUAUUGCUUAAAAUCAAUAAUACGAGCAAUUUAAGAUACAUAAGUUUUAUAGACAGUCAGAUCCACACUGAAUAUUGAUAUUAGAUCUCCACAGAUCUGAGAUUUUAAGAUUUGUAAUCAAGAGUACUUUGACAAGAUAUUAUUUUAUAUUAUGAAGAUAUAUUCUACUUAAUGUUAAGAAAUGUCUGAACCGAACUACAUAUGCGACUACUGCAGUCGCGUUUUCACAAGGAAGUAUAACCUCCAAACACACAUUGAGAAUUGUCAUUUGGAUAUGUCUUGCUACUGCAAUAUAUGUGACCAAGGUCUGGGGAGCCCCACUGGUCUGAUGCUGCAUUUAAGCAGAGGCCACAAUAGCACCGGUCAACCCUUCCCUGAAUGCGACGUUUGUGGAAGGGUAUUCUCUAGAAGGCAGAACAUAAUCUCACAUAUGAAAACUGUGCAUUUGCUGACCAAUUCCGCGAUUCCCUGCGAAAUUUGCAGCAAAAUUUUAACCACAGAACGGAAUAUGAAACGCCAUAUGAGUCUCAUGCACAACCCUGACAUCCAAUACUUCUCUUGUCAUGAAUGCCAAAAAGUUUUUAAGCGAAAGGACGCUCUGAGUUCUCACAUACAGGCCAAUCAUGGUGCAUCCGAUUCUAUAAAGUGUGCUUUAUGUGACAGAAGUUAUAGGAAUCACAAGAAUUUGAGGAGACACAUGGAAAUGAGUCACGGGGACAAGGAAGAGUUUAAAUGUGAGAUUUGCCCGAAAACCUACACAUCCAACCAAAGUUUGCGACGCCAUAUCAAAACUUGCCACUUGAACGAAAAUAAUGAACAACUGACAUGCGAAUAUUGCUAUAAAUUGGUAUUCGGGAAAGAUAAUUUGGAGAGCCAUAUCGCUUCCUACCAUUCUCAAUCAGCUGUGGAUAUCAAGUGUGAUUUCGUUUGUGAUGUAUGCAAAAUGGUUUUCGAAAACGAGUACUUAUUGAGACAGCAUGUGAAAACUGUACACAGUUUUCAACAGUUCUACGAAUAUUGUAGGAGUUCGUUAUUAAAAGCUGAGAAAAGGUUGGAGAAGAACAGAAAGAAAAGAGACAAUUGUCUACUAUUCCAAUGCGAGUACUGCCCACAAGUGUACGUAAGCGUUUACGAACUAAAAAAUCACAUGCGAGUGACGCACGACAAAGAUUACUGUCUGUCAACUUGCAAUGUCUGUUUCCGAAAAUUCUUUAGCAAAGAAACUAUAAAGAGACACAAAAAAGUCUGCAUACCACCCAAAGACGUCAACAAUUGCAGUCACUGCGACAAACUAUUCACAGACAUCUCCAGUCUCGAAUUCCAUAUACGCAUAUUCCACCCGCAAGCACAAGUAGCCGAUUCCUUCACAUCUCAUUUGGAGGAUUCAGAGCAAUCGUACAAAUGUAUGCACUGCGAUAGGGUAUACAACAGCGAUAGAUCACUAAAACAUCACAUAAAACUGAAACACACCGCAAACGAUCCAGUGAAAUGUCAGUACUGUGAUAAAAUUUGCAAAAACAAGUACUAUUUGGCCUAUCACAUAACAACCCACAACAACACAUCCUGGUCAAAGUGUGAUUAUUGCCACAAAGAAUUCAAAUCCAAAAGGAAUAUCAGAAGACACAUUGAGUACACCCAUUUGGGAAUGCAAAGAUACAAAUGCAUUGAAUGCGAAACACUAUUUAAAGAGAAACGGAGCUUGCGCAAACAUGUGCGAGUGAAGCAUCCGAAUUCCCCAGUUUUCCCUCAAUGUCAUAUAUGCCACAAACGUUUCGAAUCAGCAAAAUCUUGCAAAACACAUCUAAAACUGCUACAUUCCUUCAACAUGAACACGCAUCCGUGCGAUUUAUGCUCAGUAUCGUUCGAUACUCUCGAAGCUUUGAAUAUACAUUUAUCAACUAAACAUUUAGCGGCAGACGAGAUAUACAAAUGCCAAGAAUGUAACCUCAUAUUCAAAGGUCAAGAGCAAUUCGGGAAACACUGCGAGACUUUCCAUUCAAUAACACCCUCGACUAAAACUGCGCCGCAUUGCAUAAUUUGCUCGAAAGACUUCAGUUCGCGCAAAAAUUUGAAACGACAUAUCAAGAAGUUCCACACAGAAUUCAAUGCUGAUGAGCUAGCAACUUAUGGGUCCAGAGGAUUUUUGACGAUAGACUGUGCUGAAUGCAUAAGGAGUUUUAAUGAAGAUUAUUACUUCGAGGUUUAUCUUGAAGUCAAGCAUUCGAGGGAAUCUAUAGUGUUUACAUGCGAAUCAUGCAAUAAUUCCUACAAUUCUCUGGAGUUCGCCAUUCAGAGAUACAAGCAAAGUUUCGAUGCAUCCCAAAGCAAACUGUAUAUGAGUGAAUUGUGUACAACUCAGAUGAGUGAUAAUUCAGAUUCUGGUGACGAAAUGGAACCACAGAGUACUACUGGUGAUCUUAAAGUGGAACCAUUUGAAGUGGAUUUUGAGGAUAUGGAACCUGAAAGCACAACAUAUGAUAUUAAAUUGGAACCUAAUGAAUAUGAUGAAAUUAUGAUGAUGAAAUAAGGAAAGGAUGAAAAAAGGAUAAUGAAUUAAUGACAAUCCCAUGCUAUGCGGGUGUCGGGGGGAAAGACAGUGAGGUGCAUCAGUCGUGGGUUUUAAAUUCAUCGCUGCACGUCCCCCGACCCGCGCGUACCAUCGAGAGUGUUACGAAUGAAGUUGCCAAGCUAUAGGAUAUUAGGAACCUAACUUGUUGAUUCAGUGGCUCAGACAAAUUACUGUAUAGGACCUGCCUCGCUAGACUUUACUUUUCUGUCAAAGUACAUGAUCAACGAUCUAAUGCUAUUAUAGAAACUGUCUCUAUAGUAGGUAUCCAUGUUUCAUAGUUGUAAUGGUGUUCGUCGGGUAAAGUAAAUAUACCUUUUUGUUUAGUUGAAUGGUGUAAUAAACAAGCAAAAACUUCUAGUUUUUUUAUAAGGUAUACCAUAUGUAAGCUUGUUUUCCUCAGAAAAUGACAGACAAUUUUGUUCGUGAAUUUAAAUUAUUGAGAUAGAACUAGUCUAUGUACUUCGCCAGUGUCAAGUGGUAAGGACGAUACACUUUUAUACUUCACUAGCGGACGCCCGCAACUACCCCUACCCUACCCACCCCCUACUCUCCCCUAUCCCUACCCUACGCCCUACUCUACCAAACCAUACCCUACCCCUAAAUCUUGCUACCCCCUCCCGGCCCGCGAAUACCAUUGGGAGUGUUACGAACCAAUUUGUCAAGCUAUAAUUUUGACAGUAUGUUUAUUUCUUUUUUUUGUUCCUAACCCGUACAAUACCACAAUCUUUACUACAAUAGAGAUUCUUUGAGAUUUAAUUUUUUUGUUUUUUAUGUUAGUAGUAUGGGUCUAUAAUACUAUACUCAGAGGCAAAAUUAUCCGCCCACUUUAAUAUAUCGCGAGUAAUAUGAAAGUGGGCGGAUAAUUGUGCCUCUGAGUAUAGUUAUAAAAUGUAUAUUUUUUUUUAAUUAUAGCUAUAUUGACUGUUCUGUGUAGUAGUUUAUUGGAAUGCAUUUAAUCUUUUAUAUUUAUAUUUUAUACUUAUUGUAAAAAUUAAAAUAUAUUUAACUUA